AUGACGAUAGAAAACACAGCGCAGGUAGUAGAAGAUCCUGAUAUACGUCUUCUUGAAGAGAUGGGUUAUAAACAAGAACUAUACCGUGGCUUUUCUCCAUUUAUGUCAUUUGCGUUCUGUUUUACUGCUGUAAAUGUUCUCACAUCUAUAUCAAUCGGUUUCACAUAUUCACUCACCACUGGUGGUUCAGGUGUGACUAUUUGGGCAUGGGUUCUUGGAUCUCUAUUUACCAUUCUCAUCGGACUUUCUUUGGCUGAAAUAUGUUCAGUGUAUCCUAGUGCUGGAUCUGUAUACCACUGGGCAGGUCAGCUAGUUCCCGUUGACCAUGCACCAUUGGCUUCGUUUAUUUGUGGUUGGUUCAAUUUUGUGGGGAAUUUUGCAGGAGACGUUGCAUUUGCGUCUGGGUUUGCUACAAUUGUGAAUGCAGCGGUUAUUAUGGGUGGUAACAAUUCAUUGAAUACAGGUGCUCAAGUAGGUAUUGGAAUAGGAAUAUGUUUUGUAUGGGCUGCUCAAAAUGCAUUACGUAUUGAUCAACAAGGCUGGUUGAACAAUAUUGCUGUAUUUUUUCAACUCGGGUCAGCAAUCACCAUUGUUGUAGUGCUUUUUUCUAUGGCACCUAAGAGAGCUACAGCUUAUGAUGUUUUUGCAUCAACAUACAAUGGUACUGGGUUCUCAUUCCCAUAUGUAUGCGUCAUUAGUAUCUUGUCGACACUUUUUUCAUUCUCUGGUUAUGAAGCUGGUGCUCAUUUGGCUGAAGAAACUAGAGGUGCAAGUCGAGCAGCUCCCAAAGGAAUCGUGGGCACUUGUAUAUGCAGCGCUAUUACUGGUUUCGUUUAUCUUCUUGCUCUACUGUUUUCUAUUCCGGAUAUGAACAAUUUUAUUAUGAUUAGUGAUGGGGCUGAUUCAACUCAAAGUUCCACCACUGAUGCUUAUCGAGCUGCUGUACCUUACGGAGGGGCACUUGCUCUGACAAUUUUACUCAUUAUUAACUUGUAUUUUGCCGGGAUGUCAUCAUUGACAGUGACUAGUCGGAUCGGUUUUGCUAUGGCUCGUGAUGGUGUUUUUCCACUAUCAAUCUAUCUACGUUGGAUAUUUGAACCGACAAAAACUCCAUUGGGGAAUGUAAUAUUCGUGUUCUUUAUCAACUCGCUUCUUCUCCUACUUCAAUUAGCAUCGAAGACUGCUUUCAGUGCCAUUCUUUCUAUAGCCACACUCGGAUAUCAAAUAUCCUAUUUCAUGCCUAUUCUAUUUCGAUGUACCACUGCCCGCCGCAAUUUCCCCAUUGGUGAAUUCAACUUAGGUCGAUUCGGGGUACCUAUUGCUAUAAUCUCAGCCACUUGGCUUUUUAUCACAUCAAUAAUCAUGCUUUUUCCGUCCGAAUAUCCAGUUACGAAAGAUAAUAUGAAUUAUGCUGUGGUUAUCGUUGGUGGAAUAUUUCUACUUGCAGCAAUGUAUUGGAUUUUUUCAGCUCGACAUUGGUUUGUCGGUCCAAAAAGAACUACGGCAAAUUCUAAUGAAUUACCGUUGAAUCCUAUUAGCAUCAGUGACAUUAAGGAAAUCAAAACAUCACCCAGCUUAAUCCACGUCCGGUUGUGA